UAUCAGAUAUGGUUUGCAACAGUAUUUAUUUUAAAUCCAUAUCUGUCGCAAUGCUUGCGUACAAUGUCAAUAAAUAAGCAAUCAUAUCUUUUGCCAUAUCUUUUACCAACUUAGUAUAAAAGCAAGAUUGAUUGAAUGCCAUCAGACUAUUUCUUGGCAUUUUACUCUUAUUCGUAUAAAGGAAAAGACGGGUGAGAAAAAAAUGUCCAUGCAAUCCGUGAGGCAAAGGUUCUUCAAUUUUAUAAGAGAAUCGGACAAGAGGAGAUUCUUGAGUACCCAGGAAGUGAUUGAUCGUGACACUAAAUAUGGCGGUAUACACUUCAAACAGCUACCGGUUGUCCUAUCUCAUGGAGAAGGGGUCUAUCUGUGGGAUAUUAAUGGUAAACGUUACCUUGAUUUUCUGGCGGGAUUCUCGACCGUCAGUCAGGGCCACUGUCAUCCGCGUCUAGUAAAGGUCAUGAGAGAUCAAGUUGGAAAGUUGGCGCAUACAUCAAGAGCCUAUUAUUCGGAACCUCAUGGCGAAUUAGGAGAAUACUUGACAAAACUCCUGGGAUGGGAUCGAUUUUUACCUAUGAACACAGGUGUCGAAGCUGGCGAUACAGCCAUAAAAUUGGCCAGACGCUGGGGCUACAGAAUUAAAAAGGUGCAAAGUAACAAGGCUACCGUUUUAUUCGCUAAUGGAAAUUUUUGGGGCCGUUCAUUAGCGGCUUUGUCAGCCUCGUCGGAUCCGAACUGUUACACAGAUUUCGGUCCUUAUGUACCCCUUUUUGAGAAAAUACCAUACAACGAUCCGGUCGCUUUGGAACAAAAAUUCAAAGAGAAUCCCAAUAUCUGCGCGUUCAUGGUAGAACCUAUUCAGGGAGAAGCUGGUGUAGUGAUACCGACUGAUGGUUAUUUGAAACGUGUAAGAGAACUUUGCACAAAAUACAAUGUUUUAUGGAUUGCCGAUGAAGUGCAGACUGGUCUCUGUAGAACUGGUACACGUUUGGCAGUCGAUUACGAAGGUUGUAGACCGGAUAUUCUUAUUUUGGGGAAAGCACUUUCUGGUGGCAUGUAUCCAGUAUCCGGUGUUCUGGCAGAUGAUAAGAUAAUGCUCUGUCUGGAGACGGGUUCGCAUGGAAGUACCUUCGGUGGAAGUCCGCUUGGAAAUAGGGUUGCUCUAGAAGCGGUUAAAAUAUUGGAAGAAGAAAAUUUGGCGGAAAACGCAAAAAGACUCGGGAAUAUUUUAAAAGAAGAAUUAAGUAAGCUACCGAAGGAUAUCGCGACAGAAUUUCGUGGACGUGGUCUUUUAGCUGGCCUCGUCAUUAAUAAAGAGUUUGCUGAUGGUUGGGAUAUCUGUCUGAAGCUAAGAGAUGCUGGAUUGUUAUCGAGACCUGCACACGGUCAAAUUAUUAGGAUAUCACCACCAUUAACAAUCACGGAAGAGCAAUUGCGAGAAGGCAUAAAUAUUCUAACUACAAUCCUAAAAAAUCACAAGUAAAGGAUUCAAAAUUUCGUCAAAAUUAUGAUAAACAUAUUUUUAUAACAAGUAAAGAAAUUAUAAUGUUUCUAUUCUGGCAUUAUUUCAUUU